ACAAGUUUUCCCCUUUCCUUUCCCCUUUCCUUUCCUUUCUCCUUCCUCACAAUAAUCAUAAACUCAAACACAAUGGCUCUUGAGACCUCUCAGUCUCAGCAACAUGAUGAAUUCAUUUUCAGGUCGAAGCUUCCCGAUAUCUACAUCCCCAAACACCUUCCCCUUCACUCUUAUUGCUUUGAGAAUCUUUCCGAGUUUGGAUCACGGCCUUGUCUUAUCAAUGCCCCAACCGGUGUGGUCUUCACCUACCACGACGUAGAACUCACCGCACGUAAAGUUGCCUCAGGUCUCAUCAAAUUGGGAAUUCAACAAGGUGAAGUGAUCAUGAUUCUGCUUCCCAAUUCCCCUGAAUUUGUGUUCACCUUUCUCGGCGCUUCUUAUCGCGGUGCCAUGGCAACCGCUGCUAACCCAUUCUUCACAGCAUCUGAGAUUGCAAAGCAAGCAAAGGCUUCCAAUGCCAAGUUGCUCAUAACCCAAUCCAGUUACUACGAGAAAGUUAAGGACUUGGAUGUGAAGGUUGUGAUGGUGGACUCUCCCCAAGAAGAAGGGUGUAUGCAUUUCUCAGAAUUGAGCGACGCGGACGAGAAUGAAUUGGAAUUAGCAGAGGUUAAGAUAAAAGGUGAUGAUGCGGUGGCAUUGCCGUAUUCGUCGGGGACGACAGGUAUGCCGAAAGGGGUGAUGUUAACACACAAAGGUUUAGUUACGAGCAUAGGACAACAAGUGGAUGGGGACAAUCCAAACCUCUAUUACAACUCCGAGGAUGUUAUAUUGUGUGUUCUUCCACUCUUUCAUAUAUACUCUCUCAACUCUGUUUUACUAUGCGGUUUGAGAGCAAAGGCUGCUAUUCUCCUCAUGCCUAAGUUCGACGUUAAUGCAUUGCUCUCUCUCGUUCAGAAACACAAAAUCACUAUUGCCCCUGUCGUUCCUCCUAUUGUUUUGGCCAUUGCUAAGUCACCCGAUCUUUCUAACUAUGACCUUUCUUCGAUUCGGGUGUUGAAAUCUGGUGGAGCUCCUCUCGGUAAAGAACUCGAAGACACUCUCAGGGCCAAAUUCCCUAACGCCAGACUUGGACAGGGAUAUGGAAUGACAGAGGCAGGACCAGUGCUAACAAUGAGCUUAGCAUUUGCUAAAGAACCGAUGGAUGUAAAACCAGGUGCAUGUGGAACAGUUGUGAGAAAUGCAGAGAUGAAGAUUGUGGAUCCUGAAACUGGUCAUUCUUUGCCUCGAAACCAAUCCGGUGAAAUUUGCAUAAGAGGCGACCAGAUCAUGAAAGGUUAUCUAAAUGAUGAAGAGGCUACGGAGAGAACCAUAGACAAAGAGGGUUGGUUGCAUACAGGUGACAUAGGUUACAUCGACGAUGACGAUGAGUUAUUCAUCGUUGAUAGGCUGAAGGAAUUGAUCAAAUACAAAGGAUUUCAGGUUGCUCCAGCUGAACUUGAAGCCCUUCUUCUCACCCAUCCUAAGAUUUCUGAUGCUGCUGUCGUUCCAAUGAAGGAUGAAGCGGCUGGAGAGGUACCUGUUGCAUUUGUAGUGAGAUCAAACGGUUACACAGACACAACCGAGGAUGAGAUUAAACAGUUUAUCUCCAAACAGGUUUCAGGUGGUGUUUUACAAAAGAAUAAACCGAGUAUUCUUCAUUGAUGCAAUUCCCAAAUCACCAUCAGGAAAAAUCCUGCGUAAGGAUCUAAGAGCAAAGCUAGCAGCAGGUGUUCCAAACUGAAAAUCUCAUUUCCAAGAUAUAUGAUAUUAUCAUUAUCAUAUCAUAGCAUGCCCGCACAAACUUCAACAAACUAAAAGAGAAGAGGCGUGGUUUCGGGCUUGAUCACACUACGUAUAUUCGUUACGUAGUCAACCAUGUAUAAGUUACAAGUGUGGUUUUGUUAUUUUCUUUUAGAAUUGUCUUGUGUAAAAAUUUGAUUCACUCUAUGACUUUAAUCUUCUAU